AUGAGACGAUUUAAUAAAUUGGAUUGGAACGCAUUAGGUGAACUAUCUGAAGAAGAACUUUCAUUUGAUAUAAAUAAGGAGGCUGAACUUAAUGACGCAAGGAAGAAUCCCUCUUUUAUUUCUGAUAGUUCCACAACGACGUCAGAGUCAUCACCGUUGCUUGAAGAUUUUGGAGUGACUCAAGGUCUGCUUGGCCAUGAAGAGUCAAACUAUGACAAAGAAACUCUGGUACUUAACGUUGCAUCUUUAAAACAGAUAUCAGAAUGUAAAACUUCAAAAAGUACGGGUAAGAAAAUACAAUCCAGUUGUGAAACUAAUCGGGAGAAGGGAAGAAGUCUGUGCGUUAACAAUUGGAAAGACAUGAAAAGAAAAGCCGCAGUGAAUUCUGGCCAGCAGUACGUUAGCAGAAAUGAAUUCCCGCCUUAUAGUAUCAUGGAGACUAUCAGAGGGACCCGCAUCAUUUGCGUCGAAGGCUAUAGAUUCUCAAGAAAGAAGGACAAAAAAACUUCGCACAGCCUAAAGAUGCGAUGGCGAUGUUACUCCCACCAUAGGAAUGGCUGCACUGCUACUUUAUACACAGUGGAAGAGAGAAUUGUAUCUAUGAAGAAUAUACAUAAUCACAGCCCUCCUCCCCGAACAUUACCGUAUCAGCGUAACGCGUUGAUGACGAUAAACCUAUCUUCGUAA